CCACAUGGAUCGUACAAAAUGGUGGACGAGUCGUCUUCGUUGAUGUUUAUAUUGUGUUGCUGGGGGUAUAUAUAGCGUAAAUUGUCGCAUAUAUAUAUAUAUAUAUAUAUAUAUACUUGGAUAUUUAACGUUGCGUAGGACCGGACCGGUCUAUGCAAAGAUACAGACUAUUUGACUUAUUUAUGUAAUUAGCAAACAAUUAGAUCGGAAGCCUUAAACACGGAGUUGUUGUUUUAAUUGUGUUUAGGGUUUGUUAUAAUUUGGUUUGUGUGUUUCGUCUGUUUCUGCAAUAAUAAUAAUAAUGUUUGCCAUUAGCACACAGAAAUCACAUUGGACAUUUGACUCGGACUCGGCUCUCACACGGCUGAGAAGAAAAGCUCACGAUGAUUACGUUGAAAGCCAUCGAGGGUCAAUCUCGGAUGAAGAUCUUGAAGCAGUUCUCUUUACUUAUGAAGAGGAAUACAUACUUGCCCGUCAUUAUGAGUUCAUCAUGAAAGAAUUCUGCAAUCGUUUCCAGCCACCAAUGCCGAAAUAUGUUUUGGGAACAGCCAUGACAUAUUUCAAAAGGUUUUAUCUUUACAAUUCAGUUAUGGAUUUCCAUCCUCGUGAUAUCACGUUAACGAGUGUAUAUUUAGCAAGCAAAGUGGAAGAAUUCAAUGUGUCUAUCAACCAGUUUGUUGGGAAUCUGAAAGGAGAUCGGGACAAAUUUGCUAACGUUAUUCUUGGAUUUGAAUUGUUACUCAUGGAGAAGCUGUCCUAUCAUUUGACUGUCCACAAUCCUUUCCGUCCUCUUGAAGGUUUUCUCAUUGAUAUGAAGACAAACUGUCAGACUUGUAGUGAUCCAGAAAUACUACGACAACAAGCUGAAGAAUUUUUAGAAAAAUCCAUGUUAACUGAUAUCUGUCUGUUGGUUUCCCCAGCCCAGAUAUCAUUAGCUGCUAUUUUGGACAGUUGUUCUUUAAAAAACAUUGACAUUAUGAGUUAUGUCACAUCAAUUUUAAUGAAAGGAGCUGAAUCAGAUCAGAAGAAGCGAGCAAUGCAACAAAUUAAAUUAAUUCAAAUAACGGUGAACAAUCAAAACAGCUUGAAGAGGGAACACAUCCGACAGUUGGAGAAGAAGUUGGAAAAAUGUCGUAACCAGGAAAACAAUCCGGACAGUGAAGUUUACAAGAAAAAAAUGCAAGAGAUGUUUGAAGAUGAGAAACUCUAGUGUUUACUUCAGACUUUUGGUGACAUGCUUGGGAAACAUUGGUCAAAGUUUGAUGUAGGACUCCUUAUAUUGUAGGGGUUGUUGGCUUAUCACUUUGUCUUUGGCAUCAACUGGGAAAAAUAUCCCAAACUUACUUGAAAAAGAAUACAAUUCAAUAACUGAGGAAUGCUUUCCAUUGA